AGUGUGCGGUGGGAUGAUUCAGGCCUCAUUAAGUGGCUGCGUCUGUCCGGGCUUACAAGCAAAUAGCUGCUCCAGCUGAUAAUCCAGUCAGACGGCAACUGCACGGGCCCACCACUGGCUGCACACAGACUGAAGGGAAAGCCGCUUGAGGCUGUCUCUGCCUCUGCUAUGGCAAAAAUCAUUUUGAGGCACCUCAUUGAGACUCCGGUGCGUUACCAGGAGGAGUUUGAAGCUCGAGGUCUGGAAGACUGCAGGCUGGAUCACGCUUUAUAUGCACUGCCGGGGCCAACCACCGUGGACCUGGGAAAAGCCAGGGCGGCCCAGGCUCCUCCAGUGGACUCGGCGGCAGAGAUGCCGCCCCAACAAGGCAAGUCACGCUUCCAGAUCUUGCUGGACGUGGUCCAGUUCCUCCCCGAAGAUAUCAUCAUUCAGACCUUCGAAGGCUGGCUGCUGAUUAAGGCGCAACAUGGAACCAGAAUGGACGAGCAUGGCUUUAUCUCAAGAAGCUUCACCCGACAGUACAAACUGCCCGAUGGCAUUGAAACCAAAGAUUUGUCCGCGAUCCUCUGUCACGAUGGAAUCCUGGUGGUGGAAGUAAAGGACCCAGCUGGGACUAAGUGAAAUCUCCUCAGUGCCUGUUCACACGACACGGGGAAGACUACAGUUCCGCCAGUAAAUGGUACCGCCGAAAUGUUUGUAUUACCCACGUUUGAAAUGAUUCUUACGAAGAUUAAAAAUAUAGACAUAGUUCAUUCCUAGUAUGUUGAGGUUGCCUUUGUUAUUCUCACUCAGAAAGAACUAUUGUUAAUUAUGUCCCCACAGCUGAAAGCGAUGCUCUUCUUACACCUGAAACAAUGACAAUUUGAAGACUAAUUUGAUACUAGAGAGAACUCAGUAUUAUUUCUUCAUGAUUCCAACAAUGCCAGAGAAGGUGCAUUUGUAACAACUGGUAGCAAAAGAGCCCUCCUCAUUUAAGGAACGUUUAUCGAUUUUAUGAAAAUGUUUCGUGUUGCUAGAAAGAGCUGUGAUCCCCUUCACCCGAUAAGCUUUUCUUUUCAGUGUAUUUUAAUUACAGCGGAGCUUUGUAAAUAUAGAGUCUGAAGGUUAAAAUAUAGUACUUGGAAAUUGGGUCUGAAAUAUACUUAUGAUUCACUUACAGUUGUUACUGCCUUAAACUUAUAUUGGCAUUUUCAGGUAUAAAUCUUGUUUUUAAAAAGUUCCAAAUAUGUACCUGAUUAUUUUUUUAAAGCUCAACUGACUCUUAUCUGCACUAUGUUUUUUUAAAAAUCAUAUGUUCUGUGGAUAUUUAUGAAACAUAAAUAAGAUAUGUGUUAAUUCA